AAGCUCAAAGGAAACAGCUGCUCAUUUCAUGCACAAGCACUUGGCAUCCGAACAAGUAAUGGGGAUGUUUGUAGAAUACCUCUGCAGCGAGAAUUACACACUAGUGAGAAUUGACUAAGAUAUCCUGCAUGCAUCACAAAAGCAUCUCCAUUAUAAUGUUCUGGAUCUUUGAUGAUUGAGCAAAAAUGGGUUCUACUGCCUUCAGGAAAGCAGCUACACUGGAUGAACUUUUAUACACGUGCAUUGACCUGUUUGAUGAGAAAGGUGAACUCAACAAUGACAAUGUUUUGCCAAGAACUGUCUUGUUAAUGCAUCGUUGGUAUCUGUCUUCUACUGAGCUUGCUGGCAAACUUCUCUCAAUUUAUCGUGAUGCCAGUGGAGAGCACUGCAAUGACCUACGUCUAAAGACCUGCUACUUUAUGAGAUACUGGAUUUUGGAAUUCCCAGCAGAGUUUAAUUUGGAUUUGGGUUUAGUUCGUCUGACGGAGGAGUUCAGAGAACUAGCAAGUCAGCUGGGAUACGAAGAACACAUCCACCUUAUAGACAUUUCCAGCAUCCCAUCGUAUGACUGGAUGCGACGAGUCACGCAGAGGAAGAAAACAUCAAAGAAAGGGAAGGUUUGCCUUCUGUUUGACCAUCUGGAGCCCAUCGAGCUUGCAGAGCAUCUAACGUUUCUGGAAUAUAAGGCUUUCAGAAGGAUAUCUUUUAUAGACUACCAAAGCUAUGUUAUCCACGGAUGCUUGGAGAACAAUCCAACUUUGGAAAGGUCCAUCGCUCUGUUCAAUGGAAUCUCUAAAUGGGUGCAGAUUAUGGUCCUCAGUAAGCCUACUCCGCAUCAAAGGGCAGAAGUUAUUACCAAGUAUAUUAACGUAGCUCAGAAAUUGCUUGACUUACAGAAUUUUAAUACACUGAUGUCUGUUGUUGGAGGACUGAGCCAUAGUUCCAUAUCACGUCUCAAAGAUACUCACUCACACCUCUGUACAGAGGUCAUAAAGAUCUGGAAUGAAAUGACUGAGCUGGUCUCAUCCAAUGGAAACUACUGUAAUUAUCGCAAAGCCUUUGCAGAGUGUGAAGGAUUUAAAAUCCCUAUAUUAGGUGUUCAUUUAAAAGACUUGAUAGCUGUGCAUGUUGUCUUUCCUGACUGGGUAAAUGAAAAUAAAGUGAAUGUCGUCAAGAUGCAUCAGUUAUAUGUAACACUAAAUGAACUGGUGUCACUUCAGAGUGCUUCUCAUCACUUAGAUACGAAUAUGGAUUUAAUUAAUCUCCUAACGCUAUCACUUGACUUGUAUCACACAGAAGAUGAUAUUUAUAAGCUUUCGUUAAUGCUUGAACCAAGGAAUCCAAAAUCGCCAACCUCCCCAACAACUCCUAACAAACCUGUUGUACCACUUGACUGGGCAUCAGGAGUGACAACAAAGCCUGAUCCUACAAUUAUUAACAAGCAUAUACGCAAAUUAGUUGAGUCUGUUUUUAGAAAUUAUGAUCAUGAUCACGAUGGAUAUAUUUCUCAAGAGGACUUUGAAAGCAUAGCUGCUAACUUUCCCUUCCUGGAUUCUUUCUGCGUUCUAGACAAAGAUCAAGAUGGCCUUAUCAGCAAAGAAGAAAUGAUGGCAUAUUUUCUGAGGGCCAAAUCUCAGUUUCACUGUAAAAUGGGGCCUGGAUUUAUUCACAACUUUCAAGAGAUGACAUAUCUGAAACCAACUUUCUGCGAACACUGCGCUGGAUUUCUCUGGGGUAUAAUAAAACAAGGAUACAAGUGCAAAGAUUGUGGUGCCAAUUGCCACAAGCAGUGCAAGGACUUGUUAGUAUUAGCCUGCAGGAAACUCUCCCGAGGAACUUCUAUUGGAAGCAGUCAUGGUUCCCUUCCGAGCAGUCCUUCUCUAGCCCCAGCCCAAGAUGAUGUUUUUGAAUUCCCGCCUGCUGGGAAUCAGGAUCUUGAUGGACGAGCUAUAACUUUAGUAACAGGUUCCUCAAGAAAAAUUUCAGUGCGUCUGCAACGUGCAACCACAAGUCAGGCAACACAGACAGAUCCAUUGUGGUCUGACUCUGGCUGGAGUGACACUGGAUCGCAUACGUUUCCUAAGAUGAAAUGCAAGUUUUAUGGCAAGUCUAACAAGAAUAAAGGAUUUGCCAAAUGGGAAAAUGAAAAAUCAAACACGCAUGCCAAUAUGGACAUUAUGGAAGUACAAACCAUGGAACAUAUCCUCGAUCAGAACACAACAGAAGCCAUAGAGGAACUAAAUUAUCCUGAGGUGAAUAAUGUAUAUCUGUAAAAAAAACACUUCUAUAUCACUUGAUAAGUUUGGUCUGGCACACA